AUGACCAACACUUCGGAAGAUCUCAAUCACAUCGCACUCUCGACGACCGCCGGGACAGGGAUUGAUAUUGUACCUGCAUCAGCCAUAAAGGAUACUUUCCAAGAUACACGUUCGACCAAAGAUGAGAUCAUAGAUGAGGGUGUAGUGGAAUCGAUGGAUACCUAUGAAUACCCUGAGGGAGGUUACGGAUGGAUAGUCGUGGGAUGUUGUAUGACUUUUGCGGCAUUGACAAUGGGUUGGGGUGUCUGCUUUGGUGUAUUUCAAGCUCACUACGCACAAUAUGAAUAUCCUGGUCAGACGUCAAAGUUAAGUCUCAUCGGGAGUUUGUUCACAUUACUUCAAAAUAUAACGUCCUUUGUUGCUGGAAAACGAGUAUUAUUCGUGUCAGCCUUCGUGUAUUGGUUAGCACUUUUUCUAGCAUCUUGGAGCACCAAGCUUUGGCAAGUGAUUUUAACCCAAGGUGUUCUGACCGGGAUCGGAGUUGGGAUUUGCCAGCCGAUGUUUUUCAGUCUGCCGUCACAAUGGUUUCAUAAAAGGCGGGGCCUUGUAUCAGGUUUGACUGUAGCGGGAGCUGGCUUUGGUGGCGGGUUUGGCACGCUCAUCGUUCGUGCCUUGAUAAAGGCAGUGGGGGCUCACAAGACAUUACUAAUUUACUCUUUCAUCAACUUGACUCUGAUGUUGGUUGCAACGCUGCUCAUGCGCACUCGACCGAGCUCGCCAGAGGCUCGCAUGAAGGGUGAGGGGCCCUGGGUGGACAAACGGGUCUGGACAAUGCUAUCUUUUCAUUUUUUGGCUCUUUGCAUACUUCUCCAUUCUUUUGGCUAUCUCACCGUCCUGUAUUAUCUUACGCAAUAUAUGAAAGGAUUAAGUGAUGUGCCCAAAGGCGAUAUACUGGGAGCAUUACCGCUGAGUCUGCUGAAUUUCUGUGCUGGACUUGGUCGAAUUUCCAUUGGUUACGCUGCCGACCGACUGGGUGCCAUGAACACAUUCGCCUUCCUUUGCUUUGGUUCUUUCGCCGCGGUGCUGGCCUUAUGGUUACCUGCUCAUUCCUAUGGGGUGAUUGUCGGCUUCGGUAUUGUGUACGGUCUCCUUGCCCCUGCAUCAUACACGCUUGUCCCGAUGGCUGCCGCGGAAACCUUCGGUCCCGAGAAUCUCGCUUCAAACGUGGGUCUCAUUCUCCUGUUCACUGCUCCAGGCGGUCUGGGCGGUGCUCUCGUUGGUGGUAAGAUCUUGGAAAAGACCGGAAACUGGCAAGCCCUCAUUAUCUAUGCUGCCGCUCUUCACGCGGCCGCUGGGAUUUGCAUUUUAGUUACUCGGUUUUUGAUCAACCGCCGUAUCUGGGCGAAGGUGUAA